GUGGUGGCGUUAGGCGCAGGGGGCGGGGCUGAGGCCGCCCCGCGUCAUUGGCGCUUCGUUCGAAGUGGAACCUUCGGUGACUGGUCUGGCGCGGCCCCUGAGUGGCGCGCGGGGCGCCAUGGAGCCCGGGCGCGGUCCGGGGGCUCUGCCGGGCACGGAGGAGGCGGCUGGUGCAGCUCAGGGGAAGGGCAGGGUUAAUUUCCCAUUUCCUUACACCCCUUACUCCAUCCAAGAGGAUUUCAUGGCCAAGCUGUAUGAUGUUCUGGAGGCUGGCAAAGUCGGGAUCUUUGAGAGUCCUACAGGGACGGGAAAAUCCUUGAGUCUUAUCUGUGGAGCACUCUCUUGGCUCAGAGAUUUUGAAGAAAAAAAGAAGCAGGAGGAGGCCCGCCUCCUUGCAGAUGAACAUAAUGGACAAGACAAGCAACAACAGCCUACAUCAUGCAGCGCGGAGGCCUCAAACUGCCAGGGCUCAGCAGGGGAGCUAGAUUGGAUCACUGAGUUUAUGCAGAAAAAAGAAGAGCAGGCCAUGGUGGACAGACUAAAGGAAGAGCAAAUCAGGAGGAAGAAACGAGAGGAUCGUCUUGAGAAAAUUCGCCAUAACGUGCAACUCAAAUAUGCAUCAAAAAGAAAGAGGCUUGAAGAUGAUGAGACACAGCGGCUGCUCCAGCUCAGUAAGGAGAUCUUGUCGACGGAGUUAGGGUCAGAUGUUCUAGAGCAGCUGGAUCACGAGGAGGAGGAGCUGAUCCUUGCCGAGUAUGAGAGUGAUGAGGAGAAGAAAGUGGGAUUGGGGUUGGAGGAGGAGGAUGAUGAUGAUUUGGAGGAGGAGCAUGUGACCAAGAUUUACUACUGCAGCCGCACACACUCCCAGCUGGCUCAGUUUGUGCAUGAAGUUCAGAAGAGCCCUUUUGGUGAGAAGAUACGGCUGGUGUCACUGGGGUCCAGGCAGAACCUCUGUGUGAAUGAGGAGGUGCGCCAUCUGGGGGCUGUCCAGCUGAUCAAUGACCGCUGUGUGGAAAUGCAGAAGAACAAACAUGGGAAGAAGAGUGAGGGAGAGGAAUCGGAGGGGAAGAAAAGGCGUGUGAGCCGGGCUGUGUGUCCAUUUUACUCCUAUGAGCAAAUGCAGUUUCUCCGGGACGAAGUUCUAGUCAAGGUGAAAGAUAUUGAGCAGCUGGUGGCCUUGGGCAAGGAGACUAAAGCCUGUCCGUAUUAUGGGAGUCGCUAUGCCAUUCCUGCUGCCCAGCUGGUGGUGUUGCCUUAUCAGAUGCUCCUGCAUGAAUCUACCAGAUGUGCUUCUGGGAUCAAACUGAAGGAUCAGGUGGUGAUUAUUGAUGAGGCCCACAAUCUGAUAGACACUAUAACCUGCAUCUACAGCGCCGAAGUCCGUGGCGCUCAGCUGUGCUGUGCCCACUCCCAGCUGCUGCAGUACAUGGAACGAUACAGGAAACGUCUGAAGGCAAAAAACCUGAUGUACAUUAAACAGAUUCUGUAUUUGCUGGAGAGGUUUGUGUCCAUACUAGGAGGCAUCAGAUGUGCCUUGAGGGGAACCGCUGCCUUCUGUAAAGAACUCGUCAUUGUCACUAAUAGGAAGAUGCAAUUUGACACACUCUUCUCCCUCUCCCUUUUCCCUCUUCUCUCAGGAAACGUGAAUCAAAAUCCAAAUGCUCAGAGCAUUUCUCAAGCAGGGACAGAACUAAAAUCCAUCAAUGACUUCCUGUUUCAGAGUCAGAUUGACAAUAUCAACCUCUUCAAGGUUCAGCGUUACUGUGAGAAAAGUCUGAUCAGCAGGAAGCUUUUUGGGUUUGUGGAGAGAUAUGGAGCCACCAGUGUUGUAAAGACUAACAAGGAAAAGCAGAACAUGGCUGGACUGCAGAACUUCCUUCUCACCCUGCAUCAGGGGCCAGACAAAGAAGCUGCUAUUCAGUGCCAUCCUGUGGAGGCUGAGGAUGGCCAGCCCAAGAUGGCAUCUCCUCUGAUGCAGAUUGAAGGAUUUCUCUCUGCUCUCACCAAUGCAAACCAAGAUGGGAGAGUCAUCCUCAACCGGCAAGGCACUGUAGCUCAGAGCAGCCUCAAAUUCCUCCUGCUGAAUCCAGCUAUCCAUUUUGCCAAGGUGCUGAAGGAAUGUCGUUCUGCGAUCAUUGCAGGGGGCACCAUGCAGCCGGUGUCUGAUUUCCGAGAGCAGUUGCUGUCCUGUGCCAUCGGUGCUGACAGGGUGGUGGAGUUCUCCUGUGGUCAUGUGAUUCCUCCAGACAACAUUUUACCCAUAAUCCUCUGCAGUGGUCCAUCUAACCAGCAGCUAGAGUUCACCUAUCAGAAGAGAGACCUGCCUCAGAUGAUGGAUGAGAUGGGCCGAAUCCUUGGUAACCUGUGCAAUGUGGUCCCUGGGGGCGUGGUGUGCUUCUUUCCCUCCUAUGAGUAUGAGAAGCAGGUGUACACGCACUGGGAGAGGACGGGGCUGCUCACCCGCUUGGCGACUAAGAAGAAGAUAUUUCAGGAGCCCAAGAGAGCAAACCAGGUGGAGCAGGUGCUGGCAGAGUACGCUAAGUGCAUAAAGCGCUGCAGCCAGGUGGGAGGCCAUGUGAUGGGGGCCCUGCUCUUUUCUGUGGUUGGAGGGAAAAUGAGUGAAGGAAUCAAUUUCUCUGAUGACCUGGGAAGGUGUGUCAUCAUGGUGGGCCUGCCUUACCCCAACAUCAAGUCCCCAGAACUCCAGGAGAAAAUGGCCUAUCUUGACAAAACAAUGGUAGGACCAAGAACUGCGGGCCAGCCACCUAGCAAAAUGCUGAUUGAAAAUCUAUGCAUGAAAGCAGUAAACCAGUCAAUAGGGCGAGCGAUUCGCCAUCAGAAGGACUUUGCUAGCAUCCUGCUUGUAGAUCACAGGUAUGCACGCCCCUCCGUCUUCAACAAACUACCCCAGUGGAUCAAGGAAAGAACAGAGAUCAAACCUACCUUUGGGCUAGCAUUUGCAGCAUUAAGGAAGUUUCACCAUGAGAAGAAGUCAUGUUAUGGGUCAGAAGCUUCCUGAGGGAGAUGGAAGAGCAGUGUGCUGAGUGGCUGUAUCAGCUCAAAGUGGAGCCUCCUGCAACAGGAGGUUUUUCCCCACAAGACUUUGCAGUUGAAAAUUGACCAAAGCUAUUCUUGCCUAUGUGGCUUCUGGACUGUGACUGAUUAUAUUGCAUCUGAGCUGGGCUGGACAGGGGAGAUAAGAGCACCCUCAGCUGGUAGGGACUGGGUUUAUGUUACUCCUCCCCUUUGUUCUGUUUCCCAGCCCUGGGUAUUAUUACUUGCCCUCUUGGGGCAGGAUGAAGUAUUAAAAAUCAGGUUAAUGGUC